AUGACAAUUUUAAAUAUAGUUUCAAAUUUAACUCUAAAUAAAAAAAGCUAUAAUGCUACAAUUGGUAAACCAAUUUCAAGUGGUCUUACAAAUUAUGGUGCUAUUAAUAUUUCAGGCUAUCAAGUAAUAACAAAAUUUUUCCAAUCUGAUAAUUCACUAAGAAACCCAUAA